ACAUGGAGAGCUCGCCAGCUUGUCUGUCCGGCCAGUCCCCUUGUCAAACCGGCUCAUGACUCUGUCUUGCACCAAAACAAAACCUAUAAUUGUAUUCGGCAUCGGGAGCUGCUUCAGACUUUUGAGCCAUAGCCCACACUUUUAUACUGCCCGGCGCUGCUGCUUAUAUGCACAUAUAUAUAUUCUCAUCCCUUGCCUCAUUCCAAGCGCUUUGCUUUGGUUUGGUAGGUCUGCUCGCUCACCGCGCGUACCAGCUUGUCUCUUCUUCUUCUUCCUCCUCGUCGCCUUAAAAGGGCCUCUGCACUUUGCAGUGCCCUUUUCACUUCAGAGCUUCACUGUUCAGAGAGACUUCAAAGACCGUAGGUAGUGAGUGAGAUAGGAGGUAGAGAGAGAUGGGGAGGAAGCUGGGGCUGGACAGGGUGCUGGACUGCUUCUCGCUCGCCGUGUGCGCCAACGCCUGUGUCUGCAUACAAGCCGUUGAAGACGAGGACGAGGAGAACGAGGGGAAGGCCCUGGUGAGCGCUCAGCUGGACGAGCUGCUCAAGCUCAAGGACUUGGGCGGCGGGGCCAAGACCCUUGCUUUCCAUCUGGAGCCAAAGACAGUGGAGCUGAGGGUGUCCAUGCACUGCUAUGGAUGCGCGAGGAAAGUCCAGAAGCACAUCUCCAAGAUGGAAGGUGUGUCAUCGUUUGAGGUGGAUUUGGAGAACAAGAAGGUGGUCGUGACGGGGGACGUGACGCCCUAUGAGGUGCUGGCGAGCGUCUCCAAGGUGAUGAAGUUUGCGGAGCUGUUGGUGGCACCCAAGUCCCCGCCUCCGAGUAGAUAGAUCAUGAUGAUGAUGAUAAGCUGAUAGGAUGGAUGCGACACAUUUCACUGAUGAAAUCAAAAUAUAUGUCGUGAUUGUCAUCGAUCUCACAAAAGGCACGCGUAUGUAUCAGCAUACGCAACCAUGGCAAUGAAGAAAUUGUGGCAAAUUGUAACUAGGAAAUCAAGGAAGAUGAGGGUGGUCGAGUCUAAUUGGUUGAUCAGACAACUAUCCAUACCUCAUAUGUGCGUACAUACGGGUAGUGUUGAUAUAAAUUGAUGAGUAUGAGGUAUCUCUUAA